UCAUUUGCAUCAAAUUACAAUCCAUAUUCAUCAUCAUCAUCAUCGAGUUUCUGGCAAACAAACAAACAAACACCUACCACCCCCAUUCACUAAGCUCAAAGAGUUUUGCUGUUCUGAACUGACCCUACGACCAAGAAAAUAGAAUAAUAAAAAAAAGAACGGAUGAGUGUUUUCGAAGCAGAUGAAGAUUAUCAUCAACAACCAAACGAAAGAGAACUUCUUCAGCCAAAAUUAUACAAUACCUUCAAUAAUAAAGGAACAAAUAAUCAUAGAGAUAAUAAAGAUGCAUUUAAAUCGAAAAAAGUAAAUCCACCUCCAAUUCGACCCGGAGUAAGAUAUAUAAAUGCUGAAGAUGAAGAUCAGAUGGAAAUCUAUGGCUUUACGCCUAAUCCAUUGAAAACUUUCGUUACAUGGGCAGCCAUCAUUUUAACCUGUGGAAUUUUACGGCUUAUUUUUCAUUGGAAACCUCAUUGGAUGUUGUUCUGUACGCACAAUAAAUGUUCAUUGGAGAAUGCUAAAAAAGUUUUGCUAAUUGACCAUUUUAUGCAAAAAUUUACCGAAAAUGUUGUACAUAUUAUGAAUGAUCAAUUGUCAUAUCAUCAAAUUGGAAAUUCGAAUCCAACCGGUUGGUCAGCAAUACCAAAAGCAAAUGGUCAAUUUGAAUAUGUUGAUUCAAUCAUUUAUUUUGAGAAUAAAAAAGUUCGAUACGUUUGGGAUAAUGAUUCGAAAGAAUUUUAUAAAGUACGUGGCCUUGACAAAGAUAUUAAAUGCACAUAUUUUUACAAUCAAAAAGGUCUAACUGCUUCAGAACAAAAACAAAGAAGGAAAAUCUAUGGAUUGAAUGAAAUUGAAGUGACAGUGCAAACCGUUAUGCAAAUAUUGUUUCAAGAAGUACUCGAACCAUUUUAUAUCUUUCAAGUAUUCAGCUUGAUUGUUUGGACUUGUGAUAGUUACUAUUAUUAUGCUUCUUGUAUUGUUGUUAUGUCAGCGCUUUCACUUACUUCCAGUGUUAUACAGACCCGAAGAAAUCAAAAACAAUUACGUGAUACCGUUCAAGGUACCGAUACGGUAAAUGUUUGUAGAGCAAAAGAUGAUGUUUAUGAAAAGAUUGAAUCAACACAACUUGUUCCCGGUGAUAUUAUUGAAGUACCUUCAUUUGGCUGUACAAUGCAAUGUGAUGCUGUGCUUGUUUCUGGAAACGUUAUUGUUAAUGAAUCAAUGCUUACGGGUGAAAGUGUACCAGUAACAAAGACACCAUUGCCUAGUACUUCAUUACAAAUGAGCUAUAAUGCUAAAGAACAUGCUAAACAUACAUUGUUUUGUGGAACCAAAGUGAUUCAAACACGUUAUUAUAAUAAUGUCAAAGUUCGUGCUGUUGUCAUUCGAAUUGGUUAUCAAACAGCCAAAGGAGAGCUAGUUCGUUCGAUAAUGUUUCCAAAACCAGUUGAUUUCAAAUUAAAUCGUCAUAUACAUAAAUUUGUUGGAUUUCUGGCAAUGAUGGCCUUGAUCGGUUUCAUCUAUACUGUUGUAUUGAAAACUCAACGUGGAGUCAAUUGGCAAAGUAUUGUGAUUAAGGCUCUGGAUUUGAUCACCAUUGUCAUACCACCAGCUUUGCCUGCUGCAAUGACCAUUGGCGUGGUGUUUGCUCAAUCACGUUUACGUGAAUCGGAAAUAUUUUGUAUUUCACCAAGAUCGAUCAAUAUUAGUGGCUGUAUCAAUUGUGUUUGUUUCGAUAAGACCGGAACAUUAACAGAAGAUGAUCUUAGCUUCUCUGAGAUUGUUCCAAUAAAUAAAACGCUAAAUCGAUUUGGCAGUUCAAUCAUUGAUUUGGCUGAUCUCGAAUACGGGCCUUUGUUAAUUAGUCUAGCAUCGUGUCAUUCGUUAACAUUGAUUGAAGGCAAAAUGAUUGGUGAUCCUUUAGAUCAAAAAAUGUUUGAAGCUACUGGAUGGAUAUUGGAAGAACCAGAUGUGAAUGAUAGUUCCAAAUACGAUUUAUUGGCUCCAAGUGUUGUAAGACCUAAAUCCGAUUAUGAAAACAAAGAAGUCGGUAUUAUUCGACAAUUUCCAUUCUCAUCAAGUCUUCAACGAAUGAGUGUGGUUGUACGACAAAUCAAUGGAACACAAUUUGAAUUACAUGCAAAAGGCUCACCAGAAAUGAUUGUUUCGUUGUGUGAUCCUACUUCACUGCCUUCUGAUUAUACGAGUACGCUUCAAGAAUAUACAGAAAAAGGAUAUCGGGUUCUUGGACUUGCUUAUAGACCUCUUACAUCAUUGAAUUAUCAUAAAAUUCAACGAGCAGCUCGCGAAGAUCUGGAAAAAAACCUAACAUUUCUUGGUUUGCUAGUCAUGGGAAAUAUGUUGAAACCAGAGACCACUGAAGUUAUUGAAACAUUGAUUAUGGCAAACAUCAGAACUGUUAUGGUUACUGGCGACAAUAUGUUGACAGCAUUGAGCGUUGCACGUGAAUGUUCCAUGAUACAACCAUGGCAUAAAGUUAUACUUUUGGAAAUUGAUCCAGAAACGGUUACCGCUGAUGUACCGAAACUUUAUUGGAAAUUUGCCAAUGCUGCCCAUAUUUCUGAUUCUAUUAAAUAUAAAUUGUCAUCAAUGGAUGAACGUGAUAAAACACACGUUGCUGUUAGUGGUAAAACAUUUCAUGUUUUACGUGAACAUUAUCCUGACAUAUUGAAAAGAGUUGCCGUUCGAGGUACUGUGUUUGCUCGUAUGUCACCUGAACAAAAGCAAUACUUGAUUGAAUUGCUUCAAGAAAUUGGCUAUUACGUUGGAAUGUGUGGAGAUGGCGCCAAUGAUUGUGGCGCCCUCAAAGCAGCUCAUGCCGGUGUAUCAUUAUCAGAAACUGAAGCCUCAGUUGCAUCACCAUUCACAUCGAAAAGGCCAAACAUUUCCUGUAUUCCAACUUUGAUAAGAGAAGGUCGAGCCUCAAUUGUUACUGCUUUUGGCAUUCUCAAAUAUAUGGCUUGUUACAGUCUCACUCAAUUCAUUUCUGUGAUAAUUCUUUAUACGUUUUAUUCAAAUUUAACCGACAAGGAAUUCCUUUACAUCGAUCUAUUUUUGAUCACUCUUUUCGUCAUGUUGUUUGGUCGUAAUAGAGCAUUUGAUCGAUUAGAUCGUAAUCCACCGCCUUCAUCGUUGAUUGGAUUAACACCAUUGGCUUCCAUUGUAUUGCAAAUUAUUUUAGUCACCAUCAUGCAAGUGCUAUCGAUAAUGAUCGUGAAAGAACAACCUUGGUAUCAGCCACAUGUAGCCAAUGCUGAUGAUGAUGAUUUAGCCAGUCAUGAUAAUUAUGCAUUAUUUGCUUCAUCCGUUUUUCAAUAUAUUACAUUGGCCAUUGUUUUCUCCAAAGGCAAACCAUACAGACAGCCUUUGUAUACGAAUCAACUGUUUCUUCUUUCGCUCAUUGUAAUGACAAUAUUGACUGCUAUCUUGGUUGUCUAUCCACCGGUAUUUAUAGCAAAUUUUUUCGAACUCUUCAUGAAACAUGUUACCCUGGAAUUUAGAAUCACUAUGCUACUUCUUGCAUUGGCACAUUUUAUUUUGGCUAUAUUUUUAGAGGUGAUUGUUGUUGAUUACUUUUUAUUCAAAAAAUCUCAUUGUUUUAACUUUUUGAAUAAAUCUUCGGAAUCAUCAUCAUCGUCAUCAUGUUUAUAUAAAACAUUAGAUAAAGAAACAAAUAAAAAUACAUUAUGGUUACCACAACAACUUUCAUUGUCAUCGCCAUUAUCUAUGGAUAUUUUAGAAUCUAAUAAUUCAAAUGAUGGUGGUAGUGGUGGUGGUGGUAUGAUGAUAAUUUCAUCGAAUACAGAAAAAUCUACACAGCACAAUACAAAUCUACUACCUAUUAAUGGUGAUCAUCAUCAUCAUCAUCAUCAUCAUCAUGACGCCUAUUUAAAAGUUUAAACAAUUUAUUAUAUUUCAUUUGUUGAUUAUGUUUUUUUUUUCAUUUUCUCAAUUUUUGCAUUUUCAUUCAUCAUCAUUUUAUUUUUCAAACACCACAUUCGAUCCAUCCAUAAUACACAUACACAUACACAUACAACAUACCGAAUUUGAAUGUUGCAUUUUUCCUAUUUUACUAUUAUUAUCGUCAAAAAUAUUGUAAUUUGAAUUUUAUUUAUU